AUGAAUGCCCAAGUGUGGAAGUCCCUGGUCAAAGCAAGAUGGAACUUUGCAAGCGAGCCUGCAGAGCCUGCAGAGCCUGCCAGAUCCGUUUACAAGCAUUUUAGACCCGGUCACGAUUCACAAGCGCGCAUUUACUUUGUUUUAAUGACGGUUGCGGGAUCCAUCCGCAAACUGAUAAACAGUGCAAACUCAUCCACAUCCGGCUCUCGGAACUUCAGCCGAGCCCUCUCUGACUCCAUGUUGAACGAGCCGUUCUUGCAGAAUCCGAAAUCGCCUAUCAACAUGAAAGCUCAGGCUCGCAGCGGAAAGGAUAAAGCCAAGCGCCAAAAAGUUUCUGUCGCAUGUGAUGACUGUCGUGCGAGGAAAGUACGCUGCGAUGGGGCACAACCCAUUUGUGGACCUUGCGGCAGAAAGCCGGAUCAUGACAACCGAUGCGCUUAUACUGGCGAGUUGGAGAAGAAGCGAGCAACGCAGACCUACAUUUUGACUCUCGAGGACCGAAUUAAACAGCUUGAGAGCUCUCUUGUGAGCAAAAGAGCUUCAUUGUCAGAAUUUCCGCCGCAUACGGCUCUGCCAUCCUUCUCCUCAGCCACAAGUUAUCCAAAACCGGCCACUGUUGUCGUACAGAAAGCACAAUGCCAGAACCAAGUGAAUACGGUGGAUUUGGGCGGGGAUGGCGUCAAUGCAAUGAUGGGCGCUGUGGAAGAAGGACGGCUGAAUCAAGGCUUUUUUGGAAGCUCCAGCGCUGCUGGCUUCAUAAAGCAGAUCAAAACUGCCGUCGAUCAGAGGAUGUCAUCUCCAGAUAUGAAUUCAUCAGCUCCGGAGACCACUUCUCGCUCGAGUUUCUUGGACGUGCCAAAUGAGAAAUCUCUUUCAGGGGUUUCAAACUAUGUCCUUCCCCGCGAAGGAUUGCCGACGAUUUGA